CGGCACACAACUGAGGGGAUGGAAACAAACGUGUAUACAUUUACAAUAUCGCGCUUGUGGGGUCAAAAAUGAAAUAUAUCACAUUAAUGGGCGAACUUUAGCUACGAAUAUACUGUGACGUACAGAUGUUGAGGGAUGCCUGAGGUAAAGUUACUAAAACCUACUUGUGAAGGUGGAAGUGAAUGUGCCUUUUUGCAAGCGCAUGGAGAGUUGCAGGCAUUUUGCUCCAGUAGGCGACGCAGCUGUGCUCUGGUUAACACUCCGACACCAUGUGUGAAUAAAGCAGUGUGUCACAUCCGAGAGUUGAAGACAAAACUGGAAAACUGGAACCAAAAGGGUGGUAAUGCUCAGCAUGAAACCGAGAAUGAAAACAACCACAGUAACGUUUGGAAAUGUGUUUCUACAGAUGCAGAUGUCACAGCAGAACUGUGUGUUGAAGGUGCUGUGCUUUGUGCUAAUGAUGGUGAGGUUUUCACUCCGCUCUGUAAGGAAACUGUAGAUGUGCUGGCUGAAGUUAUGCGUCUGAUCGAGCGUCUUGAGUUGGACCGGAGAGAUGCAGAGAAGACUUUGCUGGAGGAAAAGGAAAAAGCAAAAAAAUAUUUGAAGAGACAUGAGAGUCUCGAUCACUGGAGACAGCAAGAGUUUCCUAUUGUAAUGCAGAAAGAGCGUGACGCCUACUGCCUAGACAUCGCCGAGCUGACGUGGCAACUAAAAAUAAGAAGAGAUCAGCGGCCGCAGGUAAGAGACAGACUGACCCAGGUGGAGGUGCUGAACCGCCGUCUCAAUGAGGAUAUUGACUUUAUGAGGAAACACGGGCCGCUGGUGGAAGAGAGACUACAGAUAGAGGAUGAAAUCAUGAAGCACAUCCGAACAAAAGAAAGUGAGGCCAGCGACACGCUUGCGAAGGUCGCUCAAGAUCUCAAAGGUUUUCAGCUGAAGUCUAAAGAGGAGCAGUUCACAGCCGAAACUGAGAGACAGGACAUGAACAAAGACAUCGAAACUAUCAAAAAUCAGCUGAGUGACAAACUGAGUGAGUUACACCAUCUGCAGUCACAGUGUGAGAUGUUUCACAGAAGCAUUAAAAAGUCUAAAGAAGAAGUAACAUUGAGAGACAGCCAAAUCAAAGCCAUGCUGCAAGAGAUCCGCCAGUUUGAGAGGCAGGAAACAGACAGAAAUGAUGCUGUCAUGACAUUAAGAGCAAAAAUAGAGGAUAAAGAAGAGUUAAUAAUGGAAACAAAGAACUUCAUAUCACAACUUCAGCAGCAAAUUCAAACAACCAAAGGUGACGGUGAUGAGAAGGUUUCUGAACUGAAUGCACUCUUGAGCCAAAAGCGACAGGAUUUAUUGGCCCUUCGAGCUAAUAAUAAAGAUCACAAACUGGAAAUUGUAGAUUUCAAGCGAAGGAUUCAACAAAGUGAGCAGGCGGUGAGACAGCUACAGAAGGACUGUGAACAUUUGAGGCUGAAGCUCAGCUGGAAUGAGGAGCAGAGAAAACAGGCCGAAGCCGAACUCGAACGGGUGUCAGGCGACCACUCGUUCACCAAAGAUAAGCUGGAGCACCUGGAGCGAAUGACGUUAUUGGAGGAGCUGAGGAACAGGAAACAGAUUGAAUCGAUGAAGCUUCAGAUAUCAAAUGAAAUGAAGACAUUACAUGUUCUCAAGGAAAGUGUGGCCACUGCUGCAGCCGAAUUAAAACGUGAACAAACACACGGCGAGAUGAUGAAGUCGGAUCUACAGAAGAAGUUCAAAGACGCUUCAUCUACAACCGCUCAGUUGGAGACAAAGGUGGAGCACCUGAGACAAAUCUAUACAGAGAAAUCUCAGGCAAUUGAAGGCUUGAAGGCAAAAAUAAGUGAAAUGCACAUGGCACAUGAACGCAUUAUAGAUGAGCUUGGGAAGAAGAGAAAAGACCAUCAGAAAUAUCUUAAUUCUGUAAAGGAAAGCCUUGAUGUGGUGUUAUUAAAGUCUGAGCAGAUGUCAGACAGGAUCAAGGAGCUCUGCCUGAAAUCUCAAGGCUUAAAAAAAGCCUCAGACAUAAUGGAGAAAACCAUAAACGCUAUGCCAGAAAUUAAAGAUGAGCUGAAACGUCUAUCAGAUACUGUGGCCUUCAAACAUGGGACAGCCAUGGUGGUGAUGGGUAACUUACGCAGAGAUCUGACAUCAUGUGAAGAGAGGAAGUCUCGACACGCACAGAUUCACACUGCACUGUUUACUCAACGUCAGGCUGUCAUGAAAGACACAGAGGCUAAUCUACAGAAAGCCUUAAAAGACAACCUGGCGUUAGCGCAAGAGUACAAAACCUUGCAGAAAGCUUUAAUGAUCGCCAGACAAGAAGUCGUGCACGGUUUUGACAAAAGCAACAUAGCAGAGGCCUACAUCCAAGACCACAAGCAGCUUUCUUUGUUGCAGAAAAGGAUGCACAAAGCCAUGUUGAAAUACUUCAAACAGCGCAGCGACUACAGGCGGGCAGCGCUGGCCCGAUUCCAGGCCCACUCCAACCAGAACAACCAGAAAAUGAAAGCCCUCCAGGAGGAGUUGUCAAACUCGAUCUACCGCCUCUCCGAGUUCCUGCUCGCCCCGACAGACGACUCGACCGGCAGCGGUGUCCUGGAGCAAGCGAACGGAGACGCCGGACGGAUGCCUACGGUUCGGAUAACGGAGUAAUCGGACGCUCACCUGUGCCAGACGACUUCCUUAAAGCCCCAGCAUGCUUCACUCUCUCCUCUAUCCACUGCUCACAGCCCAAUCCAUAACAAUGAAACAGGUGACUUUCAUGGUGCUGUCAGGAAUGAUCUAAUUUUAGCGGGGUGAAUGAUUGCAAUUGGCUUUGCCUCAUCAGAUAAUUAAUCUAUGUCACCAUUAAUUGGAAAAGAGAAUAAUUAGGGGGCUGUGUUGACAGAAAUUCUACGCUUCUCUAGAUUCUUGGAUCUAAUUACACCUAGUUAAACUCCUCUGACCUUAACUAGCUGAUAGUAUACCUGCGUAACCCUAACCAGGCUCGGGUUGGACUCUGCCGCAUCUUCUUCUUUCUCAUUUUUCUCUCCUUUUCUUGAUUGUUUGCGCUUUUUCCCCUCUCCGCUCAGAGAGCUGUCUUCCUCAAUCACUUUUCAAUAUUCAAUCUUAAUUUUGUGGAAGUUUAGCAUUUUCAAUGAGCUGGAGAUGAAUGAUUAAUGAAUAAAUUUGAAUGCUUCA